CGAAAAAUAAUGAUGCAGGUGAGGCGAUAACAUGAAGGAAGGUGAGAAGCUGUCAGUCUUCUGCAAGUCCAGGACGCAUCCCUACCUGCGUGAUCGAUCGAUAAGGCAGUACCUAAGAGGAGCAACAUAAAUAUAUCGGAGGUGUAGUGAUGACAUCACGAUUUCGUGUGCUUAGUGGGAAGCCAAACCAUAUGCGUGUUCUCGAGAUGCCAAGAGACAAACAUCGAUCAGAAGUUGUCUGCAAUGUUCAUUUUCUGGAUGAUAGUGUGCAGAGCUUCAAAGUCAAUAAACAAGACACUGGUCAAGUUCUAUUGAAUAUGGCCUAUAAACACCUGGAAUUGAUUGAAAAGGAAUAUUUUGGUUUACAGUUUAUAGAUGAUUCAAUAGAAUGCCCUAGGUGGCUUGAGCCAAGCAAACCUAUCCGGAAACAGCUUAAAGGUGACGCACUUAAUUUUCGAGUGAGAUUUUUUGUAACUGACCCAAAUUUUCUACAACAAGAACAAACAAGGCAUCUGUAUUUUUUACAACUGAGGAAAGAAUUUAUUGAAGGAAGGUUGCCUUGUCCACACAGUAAAGCAAUCUUACUUGCUUCCUAUGCAGUCCAAUCUGAACUUGGCGAGUACAAUCCUUCUGAGCAUCAUCCUGGGUACAUUGAAAGUUUUCACUUUAUACCUGAUCAAAACCAAGACUUUCAAACCAAAGUGAUGUCUUUGCACAAACAACACAGAGACCUUAAACAAUCUGAAGCAGAACUUGGAUAUUUAACUAAAGCAAAAGCCCUUGAAUUUUAUGGUGUGGAGUUACAUAAUGCAAAGGAUCAAGAAAAUUUAGAAGUGAAGAUUGGGAUAUCCUCUGGAGGCCUCAGUGUAUAUAGAAAUUUGGCUCGAAUCAAUUUUUAUCCCUGGGUAAAUAUAAUGAAGAUUUCAUUCAAGAGGAAACGAUUUUUCAUUCAAUUAAAACAAAAUCCUAGUAAAUCCCAGGAGAAUGUUGUUGGAUUUAAUAUGCUUAAUUAUAGAGCAUGUAAAAUCCUUUGGAAGUCUUGUGUAGAACAUCACACUUUCUUUCAAGCAAAGCAGCCACCAUCUCGAGAGAAAAAAGUUUUUGCAGACUAUUUUACUCUUGGGAACAGAAGCCAGAACAGGAUGAUCAAAAAUCAAUCAUGCCAUCGUGUCAUUGGUGGAAUGGUGUGGAAUCCAAUACUAAGGAAGUCUGUAUCUGUGGAGCAAAUGGAAACCAGAAGUCUUCCUUCUCGUUCUCCGCCAUCUACACCUGAUUGGCCAAGUCCAAGAGUAAGGCAUAAUGCUCAAAAGCCACGGCAUUCCUCCGUAGACAACCUUGCCACCGAGAUGGCAUACAUCACAGAAAGUGAAGAGGUGUUUUAUAACUACAAGGCAAACAUUCCCACCAAAGCAACUAAAAUUGAUGCAGAGUCCAAUCCAAAUUCUGCAACACACAGCUGGUCGGAGAAACAACAAUCUUCAAAGACAUUUGAAGAGGUGCAAGAGCAGGUUGCUGAUACUAUAAAAAGGCAACAACAAUCACUAACAUGUUCAGUGAACGGAGUAGACACUAACAGCCCAAAAGAUGAUCUCUGUAUUUCCCAUCAAUCGGCUGGCAUUAAUUUGCAAUUUCUUGAGACCGGUGAAUUGAUGGCACCAGGAGCAACUGAGGAUGAAAUGACACAAAGCCAAUUCUACUGUGAUUACAAGAGUGACACAGUAAGACGUGAACAUGAUUUGCUUUUGGUUCGAAUGAAGCCAGAUGAAGAAGGAAAGUUUGGCUUCAAUUUAAAGGGUGGAGCUGAUCAAAAGAUGCCUCUUAUUGUCUCAAGAGUAAACCCAGGAUCACCUGCUGACAUUUAUAAACCCAAACUGAAUGAAGGGGAUCAGAUCUUGUUGAUCAAUGGCAGAGAUAUCUCUGAACAUACACAUGAUCAAGUUGUUAUGUUUAUAAAAGCAAGCAGAGAAUCACACUCCAGAGAACUAGUACUUCUGGUCAAACGUGAAGUUACAAGCAGUCAUUUAGAGGGAAAAAUGGAAGAUGGAACAGCUUUUCAAUAUUCUCCCAGUAAUUCCAUAUUACUCUCUUGUGCUGAAUCAUUGGAAGAAUCAAUGACUCAGCUUCGACAAGGACUUGAAACUGGAGCAGUACUAAAUCAGUUUGACCAAUUGUACAGAAAAAAACCUGGUUUCGUCAUCUCAUGUGCAAAAAUGACAAAGAAUGUAGACAGAAACAGAUAUAAAGAUGUAUUACCCUAUGAUGUCACAAGGGUUGUAUUAAAUGGAACGGAAGAUUAUGUUAAUGCCAGUUAUGUAAAUAUGGAAAUCUGUUGUACCUCUAUUCUAAAUAAGUACAUUGCAGCCCAAGGUCCACUUUCACAUACUUGCUCGCAUUUUUGGCAAACUGUCUGGGAGCAAGGAUCAUCGUUAAUUGUCAUGUUAACAACAUUGACAGAAAGAGGACGGGUAAAAUGCCACCAAUAUUGGCCAGAUCCUUCAGAAGUGUGCACGUAUGGCAAUUUUCAGGUGAUGUGUCACUCAGAAGAUUGUAGCAUCGCAUAUGUUUUCAGGGAAAUGACACUAACUAAUUUGGAGACAGGAAUGAAACGUGUUGUCACUCAUCUUCAAUAUGUAGCAUGGCCUGAUCAUGGGGUUCCUGAUGACUCAAUGGACUUCUUUGACUUCGUGACUUUUGUGAGAAAGAAACGGAUUGAAAGGGACAAUGAGCCAAUUAUUGUUCAUUGCAGUGCUGGAAUUGGUCGAACUGGUGUUCUUAUUGCCAUGGAGACAGCAAUAUGCUUGAUUGAAAAUGACCAACCUGUAUACCCUUUGGACAUUGUUAGACGAAUGAGAGAUCAGCGAGCUAUGAUGGUACAAACAUCGAGUCAAUACAAAUUUGUAUGUGAAGCCAUCCUGCGUGUAUAUGAGGAAGGUUUAAUUCGACCAUUGGAAGCAUGCCACAAAGCAAGUUAGAACUGUUGCUGGAAAAUGUGAAAAUAAGAGCGCAAACAUCAUUCGAUUCUUGGCCCUCUUCAGAAUCUAAGAGGAAACGAACUGGAUGAUUAAGCAGGCCUGGCACUUCACCAAGUUUCAAUAAGGAAUAUUUUUGUUUUAAAAAAAUGCUAUCUUUUAGUACAUACUAUAUAUAACAUUUUUUUUAUUCAAAGGAACUCACUGCAUCAUGAAAUUGAAAAGAUGACUGCAAUUAAGUUUAAUCCAAACAGCAAUUAGCUCAGCUAAAGAUUAAAAAUAGAGGAAAUACUGUAUGUCUUGUUAAAGCUGUUAAUAUUUUAAUUUAAUCAAUCAAGAAUUUUUGAUCAGAGCAGUUCUUCACCACUUUGCUUCAGGAAUUAUGCUCUUGAAUCAAGACUGAGUACUGGAGCCAGGUGGACCCAGACUAAACAUUGGUAAGCAGAUUAUUGUCAAAUGUAGCUUUGUCAAUAAUACUUUUCAUCAUCUUACUAAUCAUAUGAGUACAGUGAUGUGUUGCUAAUCAGUUAUAUUUUAUUUGUCUUCCUUUUUGCAAACCAAGUAUAUUUUGAGCAGGUUUCCAUAUAUUUAAGCAGAUGCUGGUGUUGCAACACUACUAAAGAUUUUAGUAAAGUUGCAGCUAAUUUGGCACCCAGUCUUCAACACUGCAUCUAUGGCAUUGUGAGUCCUAGACCCAUUGCUAUAUUCAGUGUCCUUCAGCCAGUUAUUAAUAGUACACAGUAUGACUGAAUCAAGUUUGUUAAGUACUGGCAUUAAUGGUUGUGAGGGCCUUUGGAACAAUCUGGGACUGAACUUCCAUGCAGCAGUUACGGCUAAAGAUGGUCCAAGCGCUAUAAUUCAUCAUUGUUGAAUUUCAGAGAUUCUUGGAGCUCCAUGAGUUGCUUUGUUGUCAAUUUGUCUACUGUCAUUCAUUACUCGCCUGCAAAUUUUUCAUCAAGCCUUUUUUGUAUUGAUAAACUGAGGAGCAAGCUUGAUUUGUAAUGAAUAACAUAACUCUUUCUAACUUUGACCCUUGAAGGUAGCUUUGAAUCUCCUCCAUAAAUCUUCUGAAAUUGUCUUGGGUAACAGUGGUAAAGAGCAAUCAGUUGGGUAUUGUGACCUGCAGCCAUUUUAAUCUGAUUUUUCCAUUACUAUCCCACACAGGAUAUCUAGUGACCAUCAAAUGAAAAUGCUGUCCACUUCUAGCUCUAUGAGCCAAACCAUUAUGGAAGCAUCCUUUCCUAUCAUCAUCUACUUGCUGAAAUAGUUUGGGGCCUUGGUAAUGGUGGAAUCCUAAUCCCAAAACUUCAGAGAUAAGAUUAUGUAAAUCCAUGCUUUCUUUGGCAAGUCAUUUUCUGAAUUCAAUGUUCCUCCUACUAAUAUUAUAAUGAAUGUGCAGUAUGUUGUAUCUAUGAACUUAUAUGUCAUAAUUGUCCUUCAUAUUAAGAAAAUGAAUAUCAGAUUCAGAUUUCAGGUUCAUAUUUAUUUAUUGCAUAUAUAUCAAAACUUAGAAUUGCAUCAUUUGCAUUACAAUUAACUUCCCUAGGAAUGUGGAGCGAUCACACAAAAUGCUGGAAAAACUCAGCAGGUCAGGCACCAUCUAUGGAAAUGAAUAAACAGUUGGCAUUUUGGGCCAAGACCCUUCUUCAUGACUGGAAAGGAAGGGGGAAGAUGCCAGAAUGAAAAAGUAGGAAAGAGGAAGAUGAAUAGCAAGAAGGUAAUAGGUGAAUGUGAAAGGUAAAGGGUUGGAGAAGAAGGAAGCUGAUAGGAGAGGAGAGUGGACCAUAGGAGAUAGAGAAGAAGGAGGGGCAUCAUAAGAAAGUGAUAGACAGGUGAGGAGAAGAGGUAAGAGGCCAAAAUGGAGAAUAGAAGAGGGAAGGGGGAGAGAAUUUUUUUUACUGAAAGGAGAAACUGAUUUUCAUGCAAUCAGGUUGGAGGCUACCUAAACAUUUAUUAGGAGUAUGCUGGGGAUAGCCCACAAAUGUCUCCACACAUUCUGCAUAACAUGCCCGCAUGUCCCUCAUAUUAAGAAAAAAAUCUCAUGGGGAAAUUGUGAAGGCCAAUCAUUCUUUAAUGUAGUUGCUCAUUAUACAUCAAGCUUGCAUUGUAUGACCAUGUUUCAACUCUUAAUCUUUGUGAUCCAAAGAAUAUGCAAUCAGCAUAUCACAGUCAUGCUGCAAUAUCUGGUUAUGAUCCUUAGGUUUCAAUCUAAGGGAAUUUAAAUAGUUUUUAUUUGUUUAAAAUAACACUAGUCAAACACCUAUUAAAAUAAUACUGAAUAACCUGUAUAAAUUGUUUCUUAAAUACCCAAGUUGCAAUUUAUUUUGAAAAUCAUUUGACAGUGUCCACUGUCAAUAUCAUAAUCAAAAGUAAAUGUAAGUAUACUGUGGUACUGAGAUGUAGUUAUUUAACUAUAAUGGAAUAACGCAAGCGUUUUUGUUCACUGAUACUUCUGCUAUGCUAAUCUAUUUAAACUGACUUUUUAAACUGGGAUUGAAAUUAGUCAAAACUUGAGAAUAGCAAAUAUGCAGUGUCAUAAUCGAUUUAAUAAUGAUGUGUUGGAGAAAAUGAACAUAUAUGUCUCUUGUACCAGAACAUUCUUGGACAAGUAGUGAAUGUUGACUCUUGUGCCUGGUUUAAGACCAUAAGACAUGGGAACAGAAUCAUGCUAUUCAACCCAUCAAGUUUUCUCCACCGUUUGAUCAUGACUGAUUAAUUUUUCUCUCAACCCCAUUCUCCUGCCUUCUGCCCACAAACUUUAACACCCUUACUAAUCAAGAAACUAUCAAACUCCACUUUAAAUUUACUCUAUGACUUGGCCUCCACAGCCAUCUGUGGCAGUGAAUUCCAUAGUUUCACCACUUGUCACUAAAGAAAUUCCUCCACAUCUCUGUUUUAAAGGGUGACCUUCAGUUCUGAGUCUGUACCCUCUUGUACCAAGAUUCUGCUGCUGAAUCCUUCUUCACAUAAAUAAGAAUGAUAUUGAUAGAGGAAGCUACAUUGUUUUCAUGCUAAACCAGAAGUCAAUUAAAGCUAGUGGGAAAAGUGAAGAUCAAAGUGCCUAAUUACAGAAAAGUUUCAUGAGCCGAUUAACUUCAUUUGAUGGCAGGUUCAUCACAUGAAGAUGACAGAGAAGUGAGGUGAACACCUCGUCCAGAUCGGAUAUAUCAAGGAAAUAUCCAAAGCCCUCUGAUAUUUGUAGAUUGGCAGUCAUGAUUAGUAUUUCAGGUUUAAUCCCAUAGGACUUUAGGAAGGGGACUGGAAGAACCAAACUGAGAGAGUUCAGAUAGCUAAGAUUUUCAAAAAUCCUUUGAUAGUCUCACCAAGCAUGCAGCCAAGAAUGUGUUUUUGUCCUCCUCUCUCCCCUCCCCCCACUCAAUCCAUAGUAGGAUAAUAACCAUAAUCAAAUCAAUGAAAGACCACAUCAACUUAGGUGUUAAACCAGUGGGCAAAAUGCUAAAGUAUCCCAAGGGAUUUUUUGUCAUUUUGCAUGCUUUAACCAAGAAGUGUGUCUUUCAGUGCUGGAGACUGAAAAGAAAAUGCCUCUGCUUGCUAGAAGCAUCCUUCUAAUGUGUCUUCUAGAUUUGCAAUAAUUGCUUCCACUCUUUACCGAUCUCUUCCUUUUUUAAGAAUGUUUGUUCUUUGGUUGUGUUUUCUCCUGAUAAAAUUCUGGCCAUGUCAAUAGCACCUUUCAUUGCAUCUGUACAUACAUGUGCAUAUGACAAUGAACUUGACUUAGAGUUAUUUUCUUUUGAAAGUCAAAGUGUAAGCUUCUUGCAUGGAACAAUAACAAUAAUUCAUUCCAAAUGUCAUUAUGUGAUAGUAACCAAAUUACUGAAAAAAACUAGAAAAAUAUCACAGAUGCUUAAAAUCAGAAAUAAAACCAAAUCAGACAGCAUCUAUGGAAAGAGAAAUAGUAAAUAUUUCAAGUCAAAGAUCCUUCAGCUGAUGGAAGUCCCUUCAACCUGAAGUAUUAAUACUGCAUACAGAAAUAAGUUUCCUAAUUUCACGUGUGUACACCUGGCUCUGAUUUUUAGAUAAUGCUGCAAGUUUCUUACACUUCCCAACCAGCAGGGAUAAUUUUUACUAUCCUGUUUAUUACUUUUACCAUCUUAUAAACCCUGUUCAGUACAAAACAUAACAGUUUUAUGAUGCAAAACAUUUCAGUGGAAAACUGCAUUAACACACUUUUAUUAGAUUCCUGUGGUGCAAUUGUGAGCCUUGUUUAAAGGUAAUUGCUUUUGUGCUGGUUUCUGGGGGGUUGGGAAAUCCAAUUGUGUAAGGAGGCGAGAAACACUGUUCCAGAAGAUAAAUGCCUUGUUUUUUUUAGCAUGCCUUGUGAAUAAGGAGAAGCAGAUAUGCUUGCCACAGCCGCUCAGCAUAGGCUUUGGCCUUGCAUCAUGUUUAGCUAUGAUCUUAAUCAGUUUUGUCUAUGCCACAUCCUGAGGCUCCUGUACCUUCUUCCUGAUGGUAGCAGCGAGAAAGGAGCAUGUGCUGGGUGGUGGGGGACCCUAAAGAUGGAUGCUGCUUUCUUGUGACACUGUUUCAUAUAGACAUGGUCAAUGGCAGGGAGGGCUUUACCCAUGAUGGACUGGACUGUAUCCACUACUCCUUUUGGAUUUUCUCCCUCUCUCUCCCUCACCACAGGAAUCUGCAAAAUAUGGUGUGCACAUUCACCUAAGGACAGUGGGGGCAUUUCUACCUUGAAGCCACAUAUAGUGUAAUAAUGUUCCAUAUCCAGUGACAGGAGAACACAAAUGUAGUGUGUUUACUACAACAUCCAGGAAACAAUUUCCAUUGAGAGUUGGAAAUUAGAAAUGCCUCUUUCAGAAUAGCUGUUAGUUAUCAUUCGUUCAGAGCAUUAAUGAGCCAAAUCUUUCAUGCUGGGGUUUACUUAUUUUCAAUUAAGUGUGAAGUACCAAUACUUUAUAGUUCCUAAGUUUUGAGUGGUGACAGCAUCUGCAUUUCACAUUAAUUGUGGAAAUAAAUUACAACUAUUAUUUAUAAAAUCGAUACUUCUCCCCUAUCUGCAACUAAAUUGAUUAAGAUAAUUCAAUAUAUUUUAUAGAUUAUAUUACAUGCAUUACAAUAUUACUAAUUCGGAUUAAUAGGCCCAGUAACUUGUAAAAUGUAUUGCUUAUUCUCAAUUAUUCAAGAUUUGGAAAUCAAAUGCACUGAAAUGUCUGCCAGAACAGUUUUUUUAAAAUUAAGGUUAAUAUUAAGGCUAAUGAAUAUUAAUAUAGCACUGGUCACUUAACUUAUUUUGAAAUUUAGUUGAAUGUAUCAAGCAUCAAGGUAAUCCUUCAAGCUACUUGUGUCUAAAAUCUAUGGACACAUAUUUUUCAAUUUGGUCAAUGACCAUGCAUCAUUCUCCUUUAUUUAUUUUUGUUUUGUUUGUUGUAUGUCUAAUUCUGAGAGAUGGAAUUUACUAUUGGUAUUCUCAUUUCAGAUACAACAAUGGUCUGUCUGUAGUUAAAAAUUAUGCUGCAGAAUUCUUUAUGUAACAUUGAACAGUACUAUGAACACUUUAUUGCUUAAACUGUAUGUGACCAGUCAAUUUGUUCUUUAAUAUUUAAGAAUGGUCAGUUUGCCAUUUUGACUUUUUAUAAUAUAACAUUUUUAUUGAUCUGUAUGUAAGGCAAAAUAACCUGCUUUUUUUCUCUCCUUUAUUAUGGCAAAUACUGUCUUUUGAUUAUUGCAUUAUCGUGACUACUAAGAUUCAGAAUGCUGCUCAGUUUCUGAGAGUGCAUUGGUGAUGCAAGUAUUUUUGUAACACAAUAAUUCAUUCAAGUUCAGUAUGAUUAUCUGCCAUUGUGAGAAUUAAGUAAUUAAAUUGUGAUUGUGAAUAAUUUUUAAUUCUGAACUAAUAUCUUAAUACACUGAAAAAUCAUUAAAUUCUAACCUGGUGUUCAUAUUUUCUACAUUUAAAUUAUUGAGAUAGGAAUGUACCUAAAUGAAUGUAAUAAAGCAAAAGAUUUGUUUUAUUUUUGUAGCUUUAUUCAAAAUUAAUAAUAUUCAUAAUAUUACUUAUCUAAAGUUGUUGGGAACCGUGCUUCAGCAUGAUCAGAUUUUAAGUCUCAUUUUUGGUUGACUUAUGUCAGUAAGCUGUAAGAAAAUAGUGUUUAAUUGGUACAAUAAAGUUUUGCUUAUUCCUAAA